AUGGAAUCGGGUUUCGGGGAUGAGAGAGAUUGGGGAGGUGUGGGGAUGAUGGUUGAUGCAUGCAUGCGUGCGGCUCGGCGGGAGGCGGGACGGGCAACUGGUGGGUGGAGAGUUUUCGUUGGGAUAUGCAUAGUGGGGAUACUGGGUUGUUGUACGGUAUCUGGUUGA